CUGACGUCAAUACAGGCAGAAACGACGACACUGAGUCGCCAUAUCUUUGUGUCUUUGAAAUAAAAGUGACUUUGUGCAGGCUUUUUGUGCUGCAAACAGGGAAUGCCGGUUCUACUCGCCGCAGCUCUGUGGCCGCCUCUCUGCAGGCCGGUGUCAGCCCCUCUCUAUAACAGGACAUGGAGAGUCUGACAUCACGGGCCAGAACUCCUUAUAAGCACCUGGACGUCCACGUCAUUCCUCGCUCCCAAUAUGAAAAGCGUGUGAUUGUUUUCCACAUGAGCCUCUCUGGAGUGGGACUAUAUAUCCUCAAUGAAGACAACUCUUUUCUCACUUUAACUGAAAGCAAGGCAGACAGCGAUUGUUGCUCGUCAUCCCGUGUCUUAUGGAGGCGACAUCCUCUCCCCAUGCAGCAUCUCUGCUGGCACAUCUGAACCAUCAGAGAGAUCAAGGCGUGUUCUGUGACUGCGUACUGAGGCAGAGGCAGAACCCAGAUCAGCUCUACCAUGCACACCGGUGUAUUCUGGCAGCGUCCAGUCCAGUGUUCGCCUCCAUCCUGUCCUCAUCCUGUGCCCUGGUGGAACUACACGAUCCAAGUCUCUCGGACUCUGUGCUACCAUUCCUCUUGGACUAUAUUUACACCGGGGUUCUUCCAUACCCUCUCAGCCAACAGGAUUAUUACAGACUGCUCUCUGCUGCCUGCCAUAUGCAGAUGAAAGAACUGCAGGACGCUCUGAAAGCAACCUGGCUGCAGAGCCAAGUAAAUGCUGCAAAUGGUAAAAAUGCCCCAUGCAUGGCUGAAAUGUAUCCAUUUAAAGGGACAGAAAACACUCACAGGACUGAUUUUAAGACCUUCAAAGACCCAUCAUCAUCGCCCACAAGAUAUUAUUUUCAAAGGCUUGAGACACAGCCAUUACUUAAUGAGGAGAUAUUUCAAGAAGACCACAUGAAUUCAGUCAGCAUUGAUCCCAGUACUGAAAAUGGGGAAAAAAGUAUAAGAGAGCGAUGUGCAAAUAGCAACACAAGAAUCGAUUCAGCUGCUUUAAAUGAUUUAAACACUUUCAGCAUACUUAAAAGCAAUGAGAGAGGUAAUGCAAGUGACUACAGACAGAUAACAUUUCUGAAACAACAGGACUCAACGAGGCACACAGCUGACAAAUCUGACGUGCAAAAGAUAUCUGUAGUAAUUCAAUACAGAGAUGUAGACGAGCAUCAUUCACCUGACUUUCUAAAAUCUGACAAUAGACAGAGAAUCCCAGAGGAAGAGCUACUCUGUGCAUCUGAGGACAUAAAGAGAGGCUCUCCACCUUCUCCAUCGUCCCCACGUCCAUGCUGUGGGGCAGUGCCUGUUAUCCGUCACAGUAGCAGAGCUGCUGCCCUGCAGCAGUCAGAAGUCUCUGCAGAGCCUCCUCACAAUCGAGCAUCUGAGUCUUCAGAGGAAUCGAACGAUCAGGGAGCUGUAGUUUCACUUCCCAUGUCGGCACAAGACAGAGGAAGUGACUCCCAGUGCGAAGAACGUCUUGAGGUGGAAGUGAAAGGAGAACACAGUUACUCUUGUGGGUGGCUUGCUGUAACAGAUAUUGGGGAAAAUCACUGCACGAUAUCUGGACCUGCAGCAGACUGGUACCCUAACAUCUACAAGGAUGAAAAAGGCAGAAGUGAUGAUGAAUACAAAGCUGUCAAGUAA